CCGGGUUCGAGCCAUCCCCUCGCGUUAGCCGGUUUGAAUGUGGCCUCGACAAUAAAAAGCGAGCCGUCAUGUGUCUGUCCCUCCCUCUCUGACUCUGUUCGUCGGCUAGGCUGCACUAAACCUUCCCAAAACAACACACCAGAAAACAACCAUGUCUGACAAACUUAACUACAAAGUUGCUGACAUCAGCCUGGCCGACUGGGGGCGUAAGGCCAUCGACAUCGCAGAGAACGAGAUGCCUGGCCUGAUGAAGAUGAGGGAGAUGUACGGUCAGACUAAGCCGCUGAAGGGUGCCCGCAUCGCCGGCUGCCUCCACAUGACCCUGCAGACCGCCGUGCUCAUCGAGACCCUCACCGUCCUCGGAGCUGAGGUUCAGUGGUCCAGCUGUAACAUCUUCUCCACUCAGGAUCACGCCGCUGCCGCCAUCGCCAAGACUGGCGUUCCAGUGUACGCGUGGAAGGGAGAGACUGACGAGGAGUACGUGUGGUGCAUCGAGCAGACGCUGUACUUCAAGGACGGUCAGCCCCUCAACAUGAUCCUGGACGACGGAGGAGACCUCACCAACAUGGUCCACACCAAAUACCCCAAACUGCUCGCAGGUAUCCGUGGUGUGUCCGAGGAGACGACUACUGGUGUACACAACCUGUACAAGAUGAUGAAGAAUGGCGAGCUGAAGAUGCCUGCAAUCAACGUCAACGACUCCGUCACAAAGAGUAAGUUUGACAACCUGUACGGCUGCAGGGAGAGUCUGAUCGACGGCAUCAAGAGAGCCACGGAUGUGAUGAUUGCCGGUAAGGUGGCGGUGGUGGCUGGAUACGGUGACGUCGGUAAGGGCUGCGUUCAGGCUCUGCGCGGCUUCGGAGCUCGUGUCAUCGUCACCGAGGUCGACCCCAUCAACGCCCUGCAGGCCGCCAUGGAAGGUUACGAGGUGACCACCAUGGAGGAAGCCUCAAAGGAAGGAAACAUCUUCGUCACCACCACCGGCUGCGAGGACAUCAUCCUGGGACAUCACUUUGAGAACAUGAAGGACGACGCCAUCGUGUGCAACAUCGGACACUUUGACUGUGAGAUCGACAUGGGCUGGCUCACCAAGAACGCUGCAGAGAAGAUCAACAUCAAGCCUCAGGUGGAUCGUUACCGGAUGAAGAGCGGCCGUCACAUCAUCAUCCUGGCUGAGGGCCGGCUGGUGAACCUGGGCUGCGCCAUGGGACACCCGUCCUUCGUCAUGAGCAACUCCUUCACCAACCAGGUUCUGGCUCAGAUCGAGCUGUGGAAGCACACCGACCAAUACCCCAUCGGCGUCUACUUCCUGCCCAAGAAGCUGGAUGAGCAGGUGGCUGCCGCCCACCUGGACAAACUGGGGGUGAAGCUGACCAAGCUGACAGACAAACAGGCCAAAUACCUGGGUCUGCCCACCGAGGGGCCCUUCAAGCCAGACCACUACCGCUACUGAGCGCCCUACCCCUUUGGAGGAGGAGAGGAGGAGGAAGUGUGGAUGGAUUGGUAUUUGUGUAGCUGGGUGUAGUUUGGGGGGCUGCACAUUUUGGACCUCGUAUGUCAACUUGAGACCGUUGUGUUUGUUUCCUCACCUUUUUAAUAUACUGUGGAUCCAAGAAGUUUAGAAACACCUAGUUCUGCUUUAUGAGAUCAAACGGCUCGGACUUGAUUAAAGAGGCUUUAUAUAGGAACACAUAUUCAGCCUUGUGCUUCCUGCAAUUAAAUAUUGCAUCAGUCUGUUACAAUUUUGAUUACGUUUCCAUUGAUGUGCAGCUCUAAUCAGGAGCAGGCAAAGGGUGUUGAAACCUCUAAAUCCAUCUUUUUUUAACAUUAAAAGGCCACUAUCUGCAGACCUCCUCUUUCCUCCUCAUCAUUACUCUUCUGAAACAUUUAUACAGUGGCUGUUAGAAACUUCCUCUGUUUGUCAUUCCCUGUCCUUUAUGGAAAAAAACACACCCUGAUGCUUUUCUAUCUGAGCGCUUCUGUCUCGAGGUGGAAGGUGAUUAAAACUUAAACGGUUAAGUGUACAGCGGCCUUCUUCCAAGUAUGUGCAUUAGUGCUGCCCUCUGUUAGCACUUACAGAAAGCUGAAGAUGCUCUCUGUUUCUGGAUGUGUUUACUGAAAGUCCGGCGUAAAGAGAAGCACUGCUGCCAAAAUAUCCACCAAAGCACGUCAUGUUCUGCCUGAUUCCAAAAAAAAAAAGUCUUAAUAGUUUUUGAAUGUAUUUAAUUUGAUGCAGAGGGCUUAAACGCCCCGACCUCCACUUCUGUCAUUUCUCACUGUCAGCGUGACGUUAAAGUGGCGGCUCAUUUCUCAGCGGUUACAGCCGGGGUUCAACUGCCUGUAAACGAUGGACUGAAAGUGUGACAAAUGAGAAUAAUAAAAAACAUGUUGAAUCUGAA